UUUCUUCCAGUAAGCACCAAUGCAUGCAUGCACCCGCCUCCCUGCGCUCUCAAAUAGAUGGUGCAAGUAAAGAUGUCCAAAUCUUCCGCAGACCCUCUGUCUGGUGUAGAAAGCGCUUCUCAGUCGCACUAUUUUCAGCUACCACGAAAGUUACCGAAGCGCAAAGGUCGUUUUAAACGCUCAGAUGGCAGCACCUCCUCUGACACCACCUCCAGCUUCAUCAAACGACAGGGUUCAGCCGAUUCGUACACGAGCAGACCUUCGGAUUCCGACCUGUCAGCGGAGGAGGACCGCGAGGCGUAUCGGCGUGAAGCCGAACGCCAGGCCCAGCUGCAGCUCGAGAGAGCCAAGUCCAAACCUGUAGCGUUCGCAGUGAAGACGAAUGUGAAUUAUUGCGGGGCUCUAGAUGAGGACUGUCCUGUUCAGGGUGCUGCCAUAAACUUUGAAGCCAAAGACUUUCUGCACAUUAAAGAGAAGUACAAUAAUGACUGGUGGAUUGGAAGGCUGGUGAAAGAGGGGGCAGACAUCAGCUUCAUUCCCAGCCCCCUCCGACUGGAGGCCAUGAGACUGAAACAGGAGCAGAAACAACAGAGGAAAAGUGGUAACUCCUCCUCAGGCCUGGGCGACAUGGUAUCAGGAGGUUGGAGAUCCACGCCGCCAUCUGCAGGUGAGACCAAACAGAAGCUAAAGCAGACUGAACACAUUCCUCCAUAUGAUGUGGUGCCGUCCAUGAGGCCUGUGGUUCUGGUUGGACCUUCACUGAAGGGCUACGAGGUGACAGAUAUGAUGCAGAAAGCCCUGUUUGACUUUCUCAAACAUCGCUUUGAUGGACGGAUUUCUAUAACCAGAGUGACCGCUGACCUUUCUUUGGCUAAGAGAUCAGUUCUCAACAAGAGACCCAUCAUGGAGAGGUCUAACACACGAACCAGUUUGGCGGAGGUACAGAGUGAGAUCGAGAGAAUAUUUGAGCUGGCCAAAACCCUUCAGCUGGUGAUUCUAGAUGCGGACACCAUUAACCAUCCAGCACAACUAGCUAAAACCUCGUUAGCUCCUAUUAUUGUGUACGUCAAAGUCACCUCUCCAAAGGUCCUACAGAGAUUGAUAAAGUCGAGGGGUAAAUCACAGAGCAAACACCUCAAUGUUCAGAUGAUGGCAGCAGAUAAACUGACUCAAUGUCCUCCUGAGAUGUUUGAUGUCAUUUUGGAUGAGAACCAGUUGGAGGACGCCUGUGAGCACCUCGCUGAAUAUCUGGAGGUCUACUGGCGUGCCACUCAUCUGCCCGGCACCACCCCUCUCAACCAAUUGGAGCAAAAUCUGAUGACCCCACCCUCAGCAAUCUCCAGUCUACAGAACCAGCAGCUGUCGCCUGCCGGGGGUGGAGGGGGAGUGGAGGAGGAGGAGCAGGGGGAGCAGGACAGCCUCAUGCCUUCCGACGUGGCCAGUGACUCUCGCUCCCUCCGCCAAGGCGGCUCUAGCUCCCUGCACCCCCCGGAGGAUGAGGAAGAGGAGGAGGAGGAGGAAGAGGAGGAGGAGGAGGAAGAUGAUUACGAAACCCACCGCCACCCUCACCCGUACCGGGACAUGUACCCGCCCAAACAUAACCACCCUGGUGGCAUCCACAGCGCUAACGGACAUGAGUCACAGGACCGACUCUUGCAGCAGAGAGACUCGCAGGACGGACACAACCAACGAAACAACCGCCAGCGCACGAGAGCCUGGCCAAGAGACAACUACUGAGCGCCUGUCUGGAGGAGAGGGUUGGGUCGUGAAUUGGGGUGAGGGGUGAUGGGAAUUGGUGAGGAACUGGAAAGGCACAGUGUGUGUGUGUUUGAGCGUGUUUGUGGAUGAAGCUGCCCAUGGUUGACGAAAAGAUCCUGUUGUUUUCGAAGCUUAUGUGGUCGUUAUUGUUUGAGGCAUUGCACUACAUUUGCUUUUAAAAGACGGCAGCUUUUCUCCUUUAAGAUCACAUGCAUGUUCAUAUCGAAACAAUAUUUGAGCUUCCUCUGGAAACCCUAACCCCACGUGAGUCAAAAAUGACUUUAUUAUUUUGCGUAUCAUACGCUCUCCCUGAACCUAAUGAGCACAGAAGGCAUUAUGGGAAAAGAAAAAGCACUUUUAUAGCAUGGGAUGUGAGUCACAAUGAAAGAUAUUGUAGCAUUUUGUUGCAUCUUUAAUGGCUUCUUUUUUGCUAGAGCUCUUGUAAAUGUGAAUAUUACUCACUUUAUUUGGUUCAAGCUCUCAGUCAUGGUGUUGCCUGAUUGGAGCCCAUAUGCACUUGUCUUAUUAUGAGUUGUUUAUUGGUUCUCUGGACAUCAUUCAGGCAACUCACGUGAAAAGUCAUUUUCACGGUCACGUUCACAGAUGUAGCACACAUUGCCAUUUGCAAAGCACCAUGUAAAUGCGGUAUAUGUAGGAAAGGAAUUCAGGUUUACACUCUGCUGUCGUAUAGUGAAAUAUUAUUGGCACUAUAGUCUUGGUUUGCACGUGAGGUGAAUUCCAACUCCAGAAUGGAGAGCAGCAGUCGAUCUUCCUGCAUUUCUGUACUGCCUCAUAAAGAAAGAACCUAAUUAGGUCAGUGUCACUGAAAGUUUCUCUUUCUGGGAAAUGAGAAGGACUGAAAACUGAAGUUAUGUUAUGUUUUCAUAUAGUAGAUCAGUGCCCAUAUAUUGGAUUUUUAUAGAAGUAGAUGAAGCUCAUCAGUUUUGAUGUCCAUUUUGUGAUAGUCAUGUUGUUCCUCUGUGACUUAAACGAGUAGAAAGUUGGGCGAGGUUCAUAUAUUUUACACAUCUGCAAGUAAUUUAUUGGUUGAUCUUACCAGAUACAGCAUAAGGAGAAAGCCCACUAAUAGAAAAAUGAAUGAUGAGAAAUCAUAACACUCAAAAUGGCGUCUGUAGGACAGGAAGUCCUGCCUUUCAAAAGAGCCAAUCGCCUUAAGGCAUCCUGGUCUGUUUUUGAACUUGCAUGCAUAUUAGCUAGACUAAUCUGAUUUAUAAAGCUAAAGAAGCUACAUUUAGAUUUUUGUAUCAUUG